CGGAAAUCUCUGCCAAUCAUCUCAAAUUCUCCGACUACGCCCAUCAGAAUUGGAGUUGGGCUUUCGUUCGUCCGUCGCAAAAAAACGAUUAGAAUUGGACAGAUAAUCAGAAUGUCUGCUUCGGAUAACUGGAGGAACGCGUCAAGCUGGAGGAUGGGAGCCUCUGAUCCAUCGCAGGCUAAGAAUACCAGGGCCCCCUAUCAGAACCGCCUAGCAACUUCGUCGUGGAGAACAAAGGAUGCCGGUACCGCUCCUGGCGAUGGAGAAGCUAGGCGUGAGCGUCAACAGAGGAAUGACUGGACCCCCGGAAGCCGUCCUUUUGAUCGCGAGAGGACGAAUAGAAAACCCCAGUCUGAUGAGGGUGGGGCCGCGAAGGCCAUCGCCGAGGGACGCCGUAUUUAUAUAGGUAACCUACGAUACCAGGCUAAGCCAGACGACAUCGAGGAGAUUCUCAAGGCCAACGAUCUCGGGAAUUUUGAGUCUAUACACAUGUCUAUUGACCACUUCACCGGCCGGAACCCCAGCUACUGCUUCGUCGAGUUCCCAGACCGUGAGUCUGCUGACCGUGCCAUGACUGAACUUGAGGGAAAGCUACUACUCGGCAGGGAGGUCAAGUGCCGCCCAUGCGUACCAAAAGGCGGUCCUUCCGGUGGUAGGCAAAAUUCUUCAAGCAUGGACCGUUGGGGUCGUUGGUCUGGCGAGAGGAACGGUGGCAGUCCCCGUGGUGAGCAGGCUCCAGAGUCGGGAGAGGACAGUCUACGGUAUACGAAGGACUUCUCUGGCCAGCGUCUGUACGUUGGCGGCUUGCCCAGGAUGCAUGACCAAGCGACGAAUUUCUCGGAGAUCAGUGAGGUAUUCAAGGGUUUCCAGGUUGAGGCGAUCAGCAAGAGAAUCACGGCCCACGAAUCAGCCCGCUCAAGGCCUGGCAAUCAUGAUUUCUGCUUCGUGGACUUUGCUACGCCGGAACAAGCCCAAGCGGCUAUGGAGGCGGUUAAUGGUACCGAAUUUAGCGGCGGGAAUUUGAAGGUGAACCUCGCCAGCGGACGGUCUCGUAAAUGGCAGGAGAGGGAUAAUCUCAAUGGCAAUGACGCAGAUAAGCCAGCGGAGCAGGUAGAGUGAAAAACAGACGUUGAUUGAAUACAUACACGACAAUGUCUCGCCCCUGACGGUUGGUACCCGGGGCAAAACGAGAAUUUCUUUGAAGAAAAUCCAUCGUCAGCCCGGUUCCCUAUCUUGCGACUUGUGUAGGGCUAUGAAAGAAAUCAAAUAAAACGCAAACACAAACACAAACGAGUCGAUCAAACAAUAGGCACUCCUCCUCAAUGCCC